AUGAGUAAAUUCAAUCAUUCUGUGAAAGUGCCCACACAAUAUAAAGUUGCAGCUAAAAUCUUAAGAACAGCUCUUGAGAAACAAAAAACCAUAAAGUCGCUCAUAUUUGAGGAAAAGCAUGCGCGUAUCGGCAGCUUACACGCGGUGCUAAGGAUUUAUAGCGAGCACAGAGGCGCAGUUGAUGGAGCUAUUGAAGAAUCGGGAUUGCUGAAAGAAAACCCCAAGCUGGACUCCGUUCUGGCCAAAGUGCUGGUUACAGAAUUGAUUUUUGGACGCGGACUGCUGAACGGGGACAGCAGACCAGUGCAAACAGUACGCACCUUUAAAGAGCGACUACAGCAGGCGAUAAGUGGCACCGGAUUCCAGAAGAAAGAACUCAAUCCACGCUAUGUACGCAUCAAUACAAAUCUGCACAGCGUGCCCGAAGCCCUGGAGUAUUUGGCACGCAACGAGUGGAGGCGCAAGGAAUUUGAUUCCGAUAUUUCAUAUGCUGAUUUCUUAGCUGCUAUACGCACACUGGAAGAGAAUGAAUUCAUGAUGGACCUUAACGUGGAGGGGGUGUUAAUAUUCCAUCAUAAAACUAGCCACUACUGGGCUUGUCAUGAUCUAGUUAAGAGCAAAAUGUUUAUAUUGCAAAACAAGGCCACAUGUUUGGCUGCUGAACUGCUAGCACCACCAUCUGGGGCCACUGUGUUGGACAUGUGCGCCGCACCAGGCAUGAAAACAUUGCAUAUUUGCAAUGUAAUGAAGAACCAGGGUCGCAUCUAUGCCGUUGAGCAAUCCAAAGACCGCUUUAAAGCUCUUUGCGAUAUAACAGAGCUAGCUGGCUGUAAGAUAGUUAGCCCUAUACUUGCAGAUGCUCUUACCAUUGGUCCUGAGCAGUGUCCAGAUGUCGAAUAUAUUCUUGUGGAUCCCAGCUGCUCGGGCAACGGAAUGCAAAAUCGUUUCAAAGUUUGUGAGGAACAGAAGGAUGACAAACGUCUGUUCAAGCUCGCCGGAUUACAAAUUAAAAUCCUGAGCCAUGCAAUGAGUGCUUUUCCCAAUGUUAAGCGUAUUGUUUAUUGUACGUGCUCGCUUUGGAAGGAGGAGAAUGAGCAAGUGGUUCAGCGUUGUCUUCAACUAAAUCCUUCGUUUAAGCUACUCAAUUGCAAGAAAGCCCUGCGCAACAAGUGGACAAAUGUUGGUGACAAAGAGUACGUUAAAAUCGGUAAAAACUGUUUGUACUGCCUUCCGGAUCAGGACCUUACUGACGGCAUCUUCCUAGCAAUGUUUGAGAAGGUUAAUGAGGAUUAAAGACAUUCAAAAUAUGUAAACGAAAACUGUAAAUUUACAAAAAACUUUAUUCGAGAGUUUUUUACAUGUAAUUUCAACUUCAACUUAUAUGAAUUUAUAAUUAUCGUGAACAUUUACUAUGUUCUUUGGCACUUUUAUAAAAAAAUAUAUAUCUUUAUCUAUUCAGUUAAAUACGAGGUUGAUUUUUGUACGCUUUGAUGAAAUGAACUAAUAAAUAUAUAUAAACUCGUAUAUACAUUUUACCAUUUUUAACAAAAUUUAAAAAGAACAUAUAUAAAAAACUGCUUUGUUAAUCAAAUAUGUGUCAACAAUUUUAAAAACUUAUACUGUGAAAACGUUGCCAACGAAAAUAUUCAUUGUUUUUCUGUAUCAAAUACUCAAAUUAAACGUUAAACUAUUGGCAUCGAAAUUCAAGAUUGAUUUCUUUCAAAAUUACUAGACCAAUUUUGCAAAUAUGCUGGCAGAAAACAAAAAGCCAGUAUUAAGACGUAUUCAUCGAACGAUGCGAUUUUACAAAUGUUACGAUAUU